AUGGUCCCAUUUGAUCGAAAUCCUCGAUUCCUCGGGCAAGACGACCUGAUCAGGCAGCUGCAGACUCAGAUUGCUUGCAAAGAUCGUGCCCGAAAGGCAGCUAUCUCAGGGUUAGGAGGCAUGGGCAAAACACAGAUUGUGCUUGAACUGGCCUAUCGGGUGCGUGAUCAAUAUCCCGAAAGAUCCGUCUUCUGGAUGCCCUCAACAAGCAUCGAAGCGGUCGAACAAGCCUUUUUAAAUAUUGGUCAGCUCCUGGGGCUACCGGAUCUGAAAGCUGCUGAUGCGAAGUCACAAGUUCAAAAGCACUUAAGUUCUGAAAGAGCUGGCGCAUGGCUCUUGAUCAUUGAUAAUGCAGAUGAUACAGACAUGUGGGUUGCCUCAAAGGAUCCACCCCCAUUGAAGGGCUUUCUUCCUCGGAGCCGCGAUGGAUUCGUCCUUUUCACGACCAGGAACAAGAAGCUUACAACUCAACUAGUUGGGCCAGAUGUCAUUACACUUUCAGAAAUGAACGAUGAACUCGCUAAAGAUCUACUGAGAGAGUCACUCCAUCAGAAAGAUAUGAUCGAGGAAAACGAAGCUGUCACCACGUUGGUGCAUCAACUCUGCUGUCUACCUCUAGCUUUGGUCCAGGCGGCAAUCUUCAAGAAUGAAAACUCCAUGGCCCCGGAGGACUACAUCUCUCUGCUCAAUACCCAAGAGGAGGGCCUGAUAGAGCUGUUGAGUGAGAACUUCGAAGACGAAUUUCGUUAUCAAGAUACCGAGAAUCCAAUAGCAGCUACCUGGCUUGUAUCCUUCCAGCAGCUUCAAAGAUCGGACAGUCUCGCCACAGACUAUCUCUCAUUCAUGGCAUGCAUUGACCCUCGAGAUAUCCCUUUAUCCUUACUCCCACCGUGUGGCUCGCAGCCUGAGCAACAGAAAGCAUUGGGAACUCUCAAAACUUACUCUUUCAUCACAGUCCAGACCGAUAGUUAA